AGCCACCCCCCUUCCCCCAUCCAGGGUUGCGGGCGUGGGUUGCGACCACUGGGAAACGCGUGCUUUCUACCCCCAGCAAGCAGCUACAGAACGGAUAUAGAGAGAGAGAGAGAGAGAGAGAGGGCGAUUGGAACACUGGUUCAUUUUUUUGCUGUAGCCUUGGAGAUCUCGUCCCCCUUCUGUUUCGUUUAUAUAAGAGAGAGAGAGAGAGAGAGAGAGAGAGAGAGAGAGAGAGAGUUUAAAUUAGAGGCGAGAGAAGAAGGGGGAAAAGGAGAUGGAAUGGCCGGCGUGUUUGGAUGAGUUCCGCAGUCGGAUGAAUACUCCCAGAGUCGUUAUCGACAAUGCCGUGUGUCCCACCGCAACGCUGGUCAAGUUGGACAGCGCCCGGAAGCACGGCGUCCUCCUUGAGGCGGUCCAGGUCCUCAGUGACCUCGACCUCUCCAUCAACAAGGGCUACAUCUCCUCCGACGGCCGGUGGUUCAUGGACGUCUUCCACGUCACCGACCACCUCGGCCGCAAGCUCGCCGACGACUCCGUCAUUUCCUACAUCGAGCACUCCCUCUCCCCCUGCGCCGCUCCCCGCUCCGCCGCUACCGCCCUCGACGGCCUUACUGCCCUCGAGCUCACUGGCACCGACCGGCCCGGCCUCCUCUCCGAGGUCUUCGCCGUCCUCGCCGACCUUUGCUGCGCCGUCGUCGAGGCCAAGGUCUGGACCCACAACGGCCGGAUCGCCGCCCUCAUCUUCGUCCGGGACGAGGAUUCCGGCACCCCGAUCGACGACCCCCACCGGAUCCGCCGUGUCGAGGCCCGCCUCCGCCACGUCCUCAAGGGCGACCACGACGUCCGCGGUGCCAAGACCGCCGCCGUGCCCUCGCCGUCGCUCACUCACUCCGACCGCCGCCUCCACCAACUUAUGUUCGCCGACCGCGACUACGAGCGGGUCUCCUCCGCCGAGACCGCCUCAUCGUCAUCAUCGCAGCCGUCCGUUUCGGUCCAAAACUGGAUCGAGCGCGGGUACUCGAUCGUCAAUAUCCAGUGCGGGGAUCGCCCCAAGCUCCUCUUCGACAUCGUGUGCACCCUCACCGACAUGGACUACGUCGUGUUCCACGGCACCAUUGACACCAAUGCCGAUCGAGCACAUCAGGAAUUUUACAUCAGGCAUCUAGAUGGGAGCCCAAUCAGUUCGGAAGCAGAGCGGCAGCGUGUGAUCCAAUGCUUGCAAGCUGCCAUCGAGCGCAGAGCAUCCGAGUUGAUUCCUCUCGUGGGUGAAUCUCAGGGAUUGAGAUUGGAGCUGCACACAGUGGACCGGCGAGGCCUUCUCGCGGACGUGACCCGGACAUUCCGGGAGAACGGCCUCUCGGUGACGAGGGCCGACGUCUCGACCAAAGGCCAAAUGGCGACGAACGUGUUCUACGUCACCGACGCCGCCGGCCACCCGGCCGAUCCCAAGAUGAUCGACUCAGUGAUCGAGAGGAUCGGUGUCGAGAGCCUCAAGGUGAACGACGACCGGCCGCGGCCGAUCUGCAAGACGAGCCCGGCCGGCCGCCACGAGGCGGCAGCUGGCGGUGGUGCUGCGCUGCUCUACCUGGGAAGCUUAGUGAAGAGGAACCUCUACAACCUGGGUCUCAUCAGAUCCUGUUCUUAGGAACAAGAAGACUAUAAGUUAGGUUUGUCUGGUUUGGCUUUAGUUUCUACAUAAGAAAAAAAGAAAUAUCUGAUGGUUGUUGCACGGAGGAGAUCAAAUCAGGAUCCACUGGGGAUGGUGAGAAUUUGGGGACCCACACACCAUACAUUGUUGUAAAAGAGAGAGAGAGAGAGUGUGAAGAAACUUCUAAAAGGCUGCAAGAUGUAUACAGAAAAACAGAGGAGGCUCGGUUGGGUGAUUGGAAGCUGGCUUGGCUCGUGAGAUUGGUAGGUGGUGAUGGUGGAAUUGAUGGUGUCCGGAUGGCCGACAGUGGGUCUAAAUUUGUUCCUCUGCUACACUUACGUACACAGACUUUGUAUGUACAUAACGAAUUAGUACUAGAAACGUUUGACUGGGUACAUUUGCUUGC